AUGAGAUACAUAGAAGAAAAAGGGUACUAUAACAACAACGGUUCAUCACAAGGGAUCACGAGUAACAGUGUGUAUUCAGAGUUUCACAAAGGAAAGGAUGCUACUCGGGUCUCCCACCACAAUCGAACAACUAUGGGAAAACCAACCCCUUCUAAGUGGGACGAUGCACAAAAGUGGCUUGUGGGGUUGUCAAAAGGAGGAGAGAAAAGUCACACAAAAAACAAACCAAGAAACUCAAAUGCAGAUGAUUUGAGACUGAUAGCCCCUGUGCCACAGAAGGAGCAUGAUUACUCAAGUAGUGAAAAGGAAGAGGAAGAAAAUUAUGCAUGUCAUGGUUUCAUGACUACUGCUAGUGUCGAUGUUCCUGCUGCUCAAUAUGAAGUUGAAGCCAAAAGGGUAGAAUGUGAUGAGUCAAACUGGAGAAGCAAUAUGCCUUCAGAAAACACAAUUCAAGUCCAAUCAAUAUGUUUCAGAGACAUGGGGACUGAGAUGACACCAAUUGCUAGCCAAGAGCCUUCAAGAACUGGCACCCCAAUUAGAGCCACAACUCCUACCAGUCGAAGUCCCAUUCAUUCAGGGACUUCAACUCCAAUGAGGGGUCAAAAUGGGUUGCAAGUUGCUGAGGGUGGCCAUGACAUUACUAGGCACUGUGCAGAAGGAUCAACAAGCCCUUGCACGAGGAUAGAGGAUCAAGCUAGAAAGAUGAGUCCUCUAGAAAGCCGGGCAAUGGCUUGGGAUGAGGCUGAACGUGCCAAAUAUAUGGCCAGGUUCAAGCGUGAAGAGGUGAAGAUUCAAGCAUGGGAAAAUCACCAGAUUAGAAAAGCUGAAAUGGAGAUGAAGAAAAUGGAGGUGAAAGCUGAGAGAAUGAAAGCUUUGGCACAAGAAAGGUUGGCAAAUAAAAUGGCUUCGACUAAGAGGAUAGCUGAGGAGAAACGGGCAAAUGCACAAGUGAAGCUGAAUGACAAGGCUUUGAGGACUACCGAAAGGGUUGAGUAUAUACGAAGGACAGGACAUGUGCCUUCUUCUUUCUCUUUCAACUUCAAGUUGCCUUCCAUGUGUUGGUAG